AGAAGAAUGAUCAUAAUAUGUCAAAAGUUUUUAAAAAACUAGGUUAUUUGUUACUAUUCCAAUUUAAAGUAUUUGUUAUAAUUUUUGAAUUGUAAAUAUGCUUCCUCUGUCACUGCUGCGAACGGCCCAAAAUCAUCCUAUGCUAGUUGAACUGAAAAAUGGUGAAACCUACAAUGGACACUUAGUCAGUUGCGACAAUUGGAUGAAUAUAAAUCUUCGAGAAGUUAUUUGCACUUCACGGGAUGGAGAUAAAUUUUGGAGGAUGCCAGAGUGCUAUAUUCGUGGAAGUACAAUAAAAUAUCUUCGAAUCCCUGAUGAAGUCAUCGACAUGGUGAAAGAAGAUACUAUCGUUAAAAACAAAGGCAGGGGAGAUAUGAGAGGUGGAAGAGGUGGAGCAAAUCAAAGAACCAGGCCAGCAGCUAGAGGUAACUUCGGAGGUCGAGGUAGUAAGCCUGGUGGUCCCGGUGGAAGAAAUCCCCCUUUUCAGAAACAAAAACCUAAACAAUAAAAGGAUAUUGUAGGUAAUGAUUCAAGGAAAUAUUUUUAAGUUUCAAUUUGUAUUGAGGAAAAAAAAUUAAAAAAGCGUACUGUAUAUGUAGGGAAACAUUUUAAUUAUAUCACAUUAAUUUUGUUUAUUUGACUUUGCAUUGUAAAACAUGGCAUUCAAUAUCUAAUAGGGUUACCUGAUAAUUUCAACUCUGGUAAAAUUAUUUGACAAAUUUGAUAUCAUUCUAUUGUUAAAUUUUUUUCACUCUGAAUCACGCGACAUUUGAGUAAUAUAAUGUUCAGUUUUAUAUUUGAA